ACCUGCAGUAGGGCUCACAUGGUCCUGCUGCAGCGGAUCAUUCAGCACCGGAGCGGUCCACCUCCUCUAACACCCAACUUAUCCCUCCUUUUUUCCUUUUUACAUGUUCUAUUUUUUUUAUAUUCUAUUGCUGUGUCUUUAUCGGAAAUAAAAGCCUUUCCUGCGGUCUCAGCCAGACUUGGGGCCCCGGUGGAAAAGCGUCAUGGCCCGGGAGAACGGAGACACCGGCGGCAGCGGAGAGACGUGGAAGAAACAGGUCGAUGACAUCAAGAAGAUCUUUGAUUUCAAAGAAGUCCUGGGAACAGGGGCGUUUUCAGAGGUGGUCCUGGCCCAGGAGAAGCUGAGCGGCCGCAUGUUCGCCGUCAAAUGCAUCCCCAAGAAGGCUCUGAAGGGGAAGGAGAGCAGCAUCGAGAACGAGAUAGCUGUGCUGAGGAGGAUCAAGCAUGAAAACAUCGUGGCUCUGGAGGACAUCUAUGAGAGUCCGGACCACCUCUACCUGAUCAUGCAGCUGGUGUCUGGUGGAGAGCUGUUUGACCGAAUCGUGGAAAAAGGAUUUUACACGGAGAAGGAUGCGAGCACGCUGAUCCGACAGGUCCUGGAUGCUGUGAAUUACCUGCACAAGUUGGGGAUUGUGCACCGAGACUUGAAGCCUGAGAAUUUGCUGUAUUUUAAUCCACAAGACGAAUCCAAGAUCAUGAUCAGUGACUUUGGUCUGUCCAAGAUGGAGGGCAGUGGGGACGUCAUGUCCACAGCCUGUGGGACGCCAGGAUACGUUGCUCCAGAGGUUCUGGCACAGAAGCCGUACAGCAAGGCAGUGGACUGCUGGUCCAUUGGGGUGAUCGCCUACAUUCUGCUGUGUGGUUAUCCUCCAUUUUAUGACGAAAACGAUUCCAAGCUGUUUGAGCAGAUCCUUAAAGCUGACUAUGAGUUUGAUGCACCGUACUGGGACGACAUAUCAGACUCAGCCAAGGACUUCAUCAGCUGUCUGAUGGAGAAAGAUCCGGCCCGCAGGUUUACCUGUGACCAGGCUCUCAGACAUCCCUGGAUUGCUGGGGACACAGCGCUGUGCAAGAACAUCCACGAGUCAGUCAGCCGGCAGAUCAAAAAGAACUUUGCCAAGAGCAAAUGGAGGCAAGCAUUUAACGCUACUGCCGUAGUGCGGCAUAUGAGGCGACUGCAGCUUGGCAGCAGCAGCAUGGGCAGCAGCAUGGAUGCGUCCAACCCCAGGCAGACGCAGAGACCGGCCCAAACCCAGAGCCAGUCGGGCCAGAACUCGACCACUCAGAGCCAAAACAGCGACCAGGCGGCGCAAAGCCAGGGCCCUGCUAAGAACCCCCCCACAGAUAACAACGUAGCUGCUCCGCGCAAAGAAUGUCUCCCUGCACCCGUCACCCCCUGCAGCCUGGCAUCUGCAGCCUCUUCCCCCGCUGCAGGGACGGAGCUGAACCGCCCCCACCCCUCAGCGGUGCCCGCCCCGAUGAUGACAGAGACCAAGUGACGCCAGGUCCCGCGGGGCACCAGCUGGGAGGCCACAGCGCUGUGAGGCCGAGAGAGAGAGUCCAAAAAGGGGAGAUCCUACUCUCCGUAGUUCUUUCCUUCUCUUAGACGUGCCGCCCACCUAGUUCCCCGCCCUGCUCGAAGGAGAGCAGAGGACAUCACUACCACCCUCCCCCUGAAACCCUUUACGAUUCAAGCCACCAUUGCCAUACUUUGCCCCCAUCAGGACGGCUUGCAGGAUUCUUCUUGUAGAAACGAAGCAUCCAGUGACUCACUGAGGAGGUUUGCAUGGUCCACUGCUCUGUGCUUUACGCUGCAACUGGGGUCAUGAUGGCGUCAAUAUUAUUCAGUGUCGGUCAACUUCCCUAUGGAAUCUGGGCUAUUCUUUUUAAUUUAAUUACCUUUUUUUUUACUGUUGACUGUUUGCAACCGGAUUUUUUCAUUCUUUAUUCUUCCUGUUAAUUUUAACGGUGGCAUUUGUACCUUUUAGUAGACAGAGCAUUGUCAAAAGGAUAUUUAUUGCCACUUUGAUAUAAUUACUGUAAAUAAGCCAUAACUGAGUUAAAUGACAAGGAGUCAUUUACUUCAUUUUAAGUUAAGAUGUUGUUCUGUAGGUGUUUUUCCAAAAUAAUGCCUCAUUUCCCGUAAUUCCAUCGUCUCAAUCCACCAUCUCUAUGUUUCAGAGGCAAGAGGUGCAAACUUGCUGCAAGUACAUAAAUGUGCUACAAACGCAAAAAAAAAGAGUGUAUCGUGCAAA